AUGGGCGAAGACAACAAAGUAGCACCCGAAGAUGCAGAUAGUAAGAAAUACGGAGAACCGGCGAAGUAUGAUCCAACUUUUAAAGGACCAAUUGCAAAUAGGAGCUGCACAGAUAUCAUCUGUUGUGUCAUAUUCAUAGUUUUUAUUGCCGGCAUGUUUGCUGUUGGAUAUUUUGCUUGGAGCAAUGGAAAUCCAUAUAAACUAAUAUAUGCUACUGAUGGUAGGGGGCAGAUUUGUGGCUAUGAUACUUUAGUUGCAGACAAGCCAUAUUUAUUUUAUUUUGACAUAACUGCUUGUGCAAGUGCUGCUUCACUAUUAGAACUACAGUGUCCCACUACACAGAUUUGUGUGUCGAAAUGUCCAACAGAGAAUUGGGUCGGAUAUUUAGAGGAAGUAAAAUAUCAGGACCCAACAACUACGCUGAGUGUAGAAUGGACUAAAUUCAUCUGUGAUUAUGAUAUAGAUGCGGAAAACUCUGGAAAGAGUCCAUUAACUCUGUUUGAAGAUGAUGAAUGUGCAUCAUACUACUUGGAAUCAUCUGAUUUGUAUGGUCGAUGUAUCCCGUCUUUCAUUGUAACAGCGGUGGAGGCUGCAAGUGGUCUAAUCACAGAUUCAAGUAACCAUACCCUAGUAGAUGCUAAUAACCAAACUAUCUCACUUGAUGAUUUAGAAGCUGCUCAAAUAGCUCUUGCAUAUUAUAUCAACGCCAGAGCCAUUGCUGAUAAAGUAUUUGAUGAUAUCACAGAGACGUGGACGUUUCUCAUUGGUGGAGCGGUAAUUGGAAUGCUUAUUAGUUUCAUUUUCAUAGUAUUAAUGAGAUGGAUUGCUGGUAUUGUGGUUUGGUUAAUUAUUAUACUCUUAUUUCUGUUGCUGGCCCUUGGUAUUUACUUGUGUUACACUGAAUACGCUGAAUUAGCCAGUGUUGAUACUUCAUCCAUUGAGUUUGAAUUCACAACAAAUCUUACAAGCUAUUUAGACAUGAAGGAAACAUGGCUGGCUUUCACUAUCAUCCUGGGUGUAGUUCUUGCUAUUCUGAUUUUGAUUGUAAUAUUCCUGUUUAAGCGAAUCAGACUGGCAAUUGCAUUGAUCAAAGAAGGCAGCAGGGCAGUUUCAAGUUGUAUGUUCACACUUUUAUGGCCUGUCAUUCCAUUUUUGCUUGAGGUUGCGCUAUUUGCAUUCUGGAUUGUGUUAGCUGUUUACCUAGCCACCUCUGGUAGUGCUACUUAUGCCAUUGCCAAUGCACCUACUGACUAUCCUAUUGCUAAUGGUACAUCCUGUGAUGUCACACUGUUUGAUGGCAACAACACCGGAGCACAGUGUAUCUUUGUUGAGUACAGCGGAGAUCCCAAUCUUUUUCGCAUGCAGAUUUAUAUUCUCUUUGGACUGUUUUGGAUUAUGAAUUUCAUCGUUGCAUUGGAUCAAAUUGUUCUGGCUGGAGCGUUCGCUUCAUAUUACUGGGCUUUCACAAAACCUAAGGAUAUUCCAGUGUUUCCAGUCUCUUACUCAUUAGGAAGAUCGUUAAGGUAUCAUUUAGGGUCCUUGGCCUUUGGUUCUUUUAUCAUUGCUGUCAUACAAAUAAUCCGAGUGAUGUUGGAAUAUCUUGAUCAUAAACUGAAAGGUUCAGAAAAUAAAGUUGCCAAGUUUUUAUUGAAGUGUAUGAAAUGUUGUUUUUGGUGUUUGGAGAAAUUUAUGAAAUUUCUAAACAAGAAUGCAUACAUUAUGAUUGCUGUUUAUGGCAAAAACUUUUGUACGUCUGCAAAGAAUGCCUUCUUCCUACUGAUGAGAAACAUUGUCAGAGUUGUUGUUCUGGACAAGAUUACAGACUUCUUACUAUUUCUUGGCAAAUUGAUGGUGACAGCAGCGGUUGGCACACUCGCGUAUUUCUUUUUCACAAAUCAAAUAUCUUGGUAUGAGACGUACUUAAGUGAUUAUUUAGGUUCUGUGCCAACUCUCAACUAUUACUGGAUACCCAUGAUUAUUAUUUGCAUUUUAACCUACUUAAUAGCAUCCAUCUUCUUUAGCGUGUACAAUAUGGCUAUCGAUACGCUGUUUCUCUGUUUCCUUGAGGACUUGGAGAGACAUGACGGUAGUGCUGAGAAGCCUUACUACAUGAGCAAAGAAUUAAUGAACAUCGCUGGAGCCAAAAAUGAUAAAAAUGUGAAAAAGAAAUAAACGUAUAUAUUUAAUUAUUUUUAAUCAAAACAUUUUAAUACAGAAAUUAUUUUUAUGUCAUAUUACAAAACUUCAUUUUUAGAUCUACAUAAUUUUUUUUAUCCUUAUACCUUUCUCAACUCUAUUUACUAAAUAUCUAGUUUUCUACAACAUUCAUUUUGAUUGGUUCACAUCUAAUUAUUUGCAUGCCAUCAGCCAAUUAGUUUGGAUAUUACUAAAAUGAAAUGUAUAAUUGGGAAAGCAUAUUGAUUAAACAAGAAUUGAAAAACCGUCCAGAUGAUUUAAGAUUUUAAUUGUCCUUAAAACCCCUGAGUGCCAUAAUAUUGUACAUUUUGUCUGAUAUUAUUUUUUUAUUAAUUUUUUAUUUCAAUAAUUUUUUUUCAAUUUUGGACGUAAUUAACAAGUCUUAAUCAAAUUUUAGAUAGAAUUGUGAGUUUAAAAUUUGUGAAAUGUGACAAAAGUUGGCUGUGGCACUCAAAGGGUUUAAAGUCGGCUUGUUUUGUACUACUAGUGGUUGUAUGUCACCAAAAUUAUGUUUAGGGAUUAGCCUUACCGAAAGUAGAACAUCAUCGAGCAAUUUCGUAGCUUCAGUUGUAAUUGAGUUUUCAGCACCUUUGGGGGUCAUCAAGACAACAAAUCAUACACAGGAUUAUCUGUUCGAUGAAUGAAGAUGGACUAUAUUAUGAAUUUAAUAUUAAUGUGUAAUUUCCAUCAAAAUUAAUCGUACCAUUAUCUCCUACCUUAUUACAAAAUAUGAAUUACAAUAUGGCUUGAUAUUUUCAAGAUGGCAGAUAUUUUAAAAUGAAAGUUCAUAUCAAGAAAGUUAGGCUAAUUUCCACAAUAUUGCUUAGUUUUAGGGUACUCACACGAAGCGAUUAGGUCAAGAAGUCGAUGUGACAUUGACCUGUCAUGUAUACUAUACCAUCAUUUGCAGUAAACCAAUAGGGGAUUUUCCGUACAAUUGCGAGAUCUCGCGAGAUGCAUGAAAGACGCGCGUCGAACGUCUGCUGCAAAAAUCGAACGAUUUGAUUUUGAACUUGAAUUUCCUUAUUUCGUAGCUCACACCGACCGGCCGAUCUUCGACAGAGGAAUAUUGCUUCCGAAUACCCUCACUUAAUCGAAAUUGCCUAUCAUCAAAUGCGGACAGCACAUUAUUAAGCAUGGAAAUGUCCCCGAAAUACUUUCGCGUUUGUCGAAUCCCACGCGAUGUUUGACGCCACUACGACGCUAUGACCUUUGUUUGUCCUGUUUUUACGUUCGAUUUCACGCAUAACGCGUGAUUCUCGCAGUGUACGGAAAAUGGUCUAUUAGUGUGUCUUUACAUGCUUUCAUUAAUAACUUCCAAGGCAUACAAGGAUAUGAAUAAGUUUUUUACCCAACAGUAAAACAGCGCAUAUAAAACUUAACACUAUUUGCUAUAAUCACAGCGUAAAUAAUAAACCUAUGGAUCAA